AUGAUAUUUAUCGUAUUUAGGUCAGGAAGAGAUGGUCUUCCAAAAACAAAUACAGUUUUGUUAUAUGAUGGUACUUGUACCGAAGUAUUGAAAUGGGGCGAACCCGCCUUAGUUCAUGAACCGAAAAAGAAUAGAAAUAAUAUUAGGGAAUUGGGUUCACCACUUCCGCCGCAGCAACAUGUUGCUGAAAGAUUUAAAUUAUAUCUAGACGAUAAUGCGAUAGAAAGACUAUCCUUACCGCCAAAUUUAGAUUAUAAAAAAGCUAUUAGUGAUUAUCUAAGAAAAAUGAAAGGAGUGAGUACUUAUAAGUUAAACGAAUCAAUCGAAUCGCAUUUAGAAUUUACAACUGAACGUAAUUAUCUUUAUUUUGUACUAUUUUUACAUCUUUUGCUUAACGAGGUACAUUUAUUGAAUUCUCGUUAUUCCAUAACGACAGCGGAGGCGGCGGCACUUCAUUGCCUAUCAGUCAUUGAAGAGCAUGAAUUAACAGUAGGGGUAGUGGAUUGUGGUGGUGGAACAGUGGAUCUAACGAUGAGAACGAUACAGCCGGGCAAAAAAUUGAAAGAAGAAACUGAAAGAAGUGGAGAUCUAUGUGGAAGUACAUAUGUUGAUCAAGAAUUCAUAGAUUUUAUGGGCCGCAUAGUAGGCUUCACUGCCUUACAGAGGCUAAAAUCAUAUGCUUACGGAGACUUACAAAAACUUGUUCAUAGAUUUUUCUGUGAGACCGUAAAGCUUCCAUUUAAUGGUGACCGCGAAAAGUUUGAAAGCAUUGAAUUGGAUCUAGAAAGACAGUGCCCCUCAUUGAUUAAAUAUAUCACUGGUUCAGAAAGAACCAAUUUAGAAAAUAAUGAAUGGAUAAUCGAACUAGAGUACGACACUGUGAAACAAAUGUUCGACCCAGUAGUCAACAAAAUCAUCAAAUUAAUUAAUAAUCAAUUAUUAGAUCUUAGGGCACAACGUAAAUGUAAAGCCAUGUUUUUAGUGGGAGGGUUCAGUGAAUCAUCAUAUUUAAGAAAACGUGUCCGAGAAAAAUUCGAAGGACGUGUACCUAUUAUUGCGUCUCCUCGAGCACCGAUAGCGGCUAUCGUUAAAGGCGCUGUAAAAUACGGCUUAGACAUGGGCCUUGUCGAAAGUCGAGUGUUGAAAUGGACGUACGGAGUGGAAGUGAAAGCUGAUUUUGAUAUUCGAAAUGAUCCACCUAAACUCCGAACAGAUGAUAAUAAAAUCUGGAAGUUUGACCUUCUCGUGGGUCGUGGAACACGCGUUUCGGUCAACCAGUCUUUUCGUAAAGACUAUAAGCCAUUAAAUGCUGACCAAAAAAUGGCGGUAUUUCAAGUAUACAUUACAAAAGAGACGAGACCUAAAUACAUUAAGGAUGCCGGAAUGCGGAUUCUUGGUACCCUUAAAAUUGCUUUAUCUAAAGCGCUAUCAUUAGGACGAGAUCGCCCUGUGGAAUUUGAAUUAACCUUUGGCACGAUGGAAAUUAAAGCUUCAGCUAGAAAUAAGAUAACGGGUGAAACAUAUCGUACAACUUUCGAGUUGGAUGUUAAGG